AAUGCUGUGGAGACGGGAGUAGAACAGAGUUGAGUAGGUUGAAGGCAGUAAAAAAACAUAACAGGUGUGAGGAAUUCAGGGGUUUCCAACAUGGCAUCAUGCGAUACCCUGUACAUUGAAACGGACGGCUCAGAGAUGCCAGCUGAGAUAGUGGAACUCCAUGAAAUCGAAGUGGAGACCAUAGAGACAACAGUUGUUGGAGAGGACGACGAUGAACAGCCCAUGAUCGCUUUACAGCCCCUUGACUCAGAUGAUCCACACUCAAUGCAUCACCAUCAUCAGGAGGUAAUAUUGGUGCAAACACGAGAAGAGGUGGUUGGUGAAGAUGAUUCGGACAUGCACGGAGACGAUGAUUACGAGGACCAAAUUCUUAUACCUGUCCCAGUCCCUGCCGCGGAAGAGGAAUAUAUCGAACAAACUCUAGUGACUGUCGCCGGGAAGAGUUCGGGGCGAAUGAAGAAGGGGGGAAGCGUGAAGAGAAAUAAAAAGAGUUACUUGGGUGCACCGGAGGCCAGUGGUAGAAAAUGGGAACAGAAACAAGUACAGAUAAAGACUUUGGAAGGAGAGUUUUCGGUGACCAUGUGGGCAUCGGAUGACAAGAAGGACAUUGACCAUGACACUAUGGUGGAGGAGCAUGUCAUCGGGGAGAGUUCCCCUCCCGAUUACUCUGAGUACAUGACAGGGAAGAAGCUCCCGCCUGGAGGCAUCCCAGGGAUUGACCUGUCAGACCCCAAACAGCUGGCAGAGUUCGCCAGGAUGAAGCCACGGAAAAUAAAGGAGGACGACUCUCCCAGGACGAUAGCCUGCCCCCACAAAGGGUGCACUAAAAUGUUCAGGGAUAACUCGGCGAUGAGGAAGCAUUUGCACACCCACGGACCGCGUGUUCACGUCUGUGCCGAAUGUGGAAAGGCCUUUGUUGAAAGCUCUAAACUGAAGAGGCAUCAACUUGUUCAUACCGGAGAGAAGCCUUUCCAGUGCACGUUUGAGGGCUGCGGUAAGCGGUUCUCUUUGGACUUUAACUUACGCACGCAUGUGCGGAUUCACACUGGAGACCGACCCUACGUCUGUCCGUUCGACGGCUGCAACAAGAAGUUUGCCCAAUCUACCAACCUCAAGUCUCACAUCCUCACACAUGCUAAAGCUAAAAACAAUCAGUGAACCAACCCCCAUAUCUUCGCCUAAUGUACAGAGAAGAAAACAACAAACUCUAAUGAUGCUUAACACCAACCCUGCCACCAUGGCACGAUCUUGAAAGAAAAGCAUAACGUUUCUUCUUGUGAAGAUGGGAAGUUCUUGGACCUGCAACCGAUAAGACAAGUUAUUUAUAAUGCAGCACCCAAAGAGAAGGAAUUGACAUUUUAAAGUUAUGUUCUCCAUCAGCAUAGCAAAAUAAUUGCUUUUAAAUUUUGUACCCUUUUUUUAAGUGUGCAUAUUGUACACUUUCUCUGGCUUAGUGGUAUUAUGCAUGUUUGUUUUCCCUGGGGAUUGAAAUCUAUGAUGGCUCUUGGAGGAGAAUUUGCAGUUUAUUGUACUUCCUUGCUUUUCCCCCCUGUAAAAUGUUUAUUUGGAUGGGUAGGGGUGUUCUUUACAGAUUUUCAUUUUGUAUAAUUGUAACGUACACAUAUAUUGGAAUCAUGUAAAUAAUGGCAAUGUGAUUUUAAGUAGUGGUUUUCUUUUAUCCCUGCACUGCCAGAGAGCAAAAACAUGUUAUAUCCAUCACAUUCUUUCUGUUUAGUUGAACACACAAUACAACCAGAACUGGUGAAACAGUUGCGUUAUUGAAAUAUUUUUUACAGGCACAAUUAACUUUCGCUAAUAUUGACCUCCCCAAUAAGCGGCCAAUAAAAACCUGUCCAUAAGCAAGCAAUUAUUUGUUUGUUUCAGACAAUUCCUAUUGUAUUUUUUAAUUUAUUUAACCAGGUAAGACCCAUUGAGGUUAAACUUCUUUUGCGAGGGUGACCUUGCAAGAAGACAAAAUAAGGAAAUGGCAGCGUGUACAUGAGAAAUUCUAAAUACAAAUAAGACUGUGUCACAGGUUGGGGAUACAAUUUAAAGAUUAGAAACAACUGAAGCUAUUGCAAACAGUGUUGUCAAUCAGUCUUAAAGACAGGCAAGGACACUAAAGUCCCUUAACUUUAUCUUUUGAGGUUCCAGGUUGAAGGGGCAUAAUGGGAGAAAGAAAUCCACAUCUCAGUUCUAGCCUUAGGAACAGACAAGGACAGCAGCGACUGUGAGCAAAGACUUUGAGUGACUGAUCUGGUCAGUAAGGAACAUAGAUACAAAGGGAGUUGUCCUAUCAAUGUUUGUUUGUAAACAAGGUGGUUAAGAGAGAGGUCCAUUGCACCAUAGCAUACAGAUCACAGUGAUGGGUGAGUGAUCUAGCAUUUGUAAUAAAUCUUAAAACACCAUAAUAUACGCUGUGUCCAGAGUUUGAGGUACUUGCUGAGUCCUGCAUAUAGACUAUCGCCAUAAUCCGGCACUGAUAAAGUGCUUUGAACAAGAUCCUUGACUAACAUUGAAACGCAAGAUUUGUUCCUAAAAUAGAAACCCAAUUUCAGUUUCUCGAUCAAGUUAUGUGCUGUUUAAAAUUCAGCUUUUUAUCUAACCACUUCCCAAGAUACUUAUAGGAGGUGACUGUAUCAAUUUGCUGGCCUUAGUUAAAAUCUGCAAGUGACUCCGUCUGUUUACUUUCAGGGAAGAGAAUCAUAAGUUUCAAUUUGAAAAGCUACCUUUGAAUAACAUCAAAGCCAACUAAGUCCUGAAAAGCCUCAAUAUUAGAUGCGCUAGAAUAAAUUAAUUUGUAAUCAGCAUGGAGAUUUGCAGAGUCAACCGUCUUCCCUAUAUCAUUUAUAUACAGUGUAAAAAGGAUCGGACCUAAAAUUGAGGCCUGGGGAACUCCUUUUGUAAGCCUUUGAAACUCUGAUUCCAAACCCUUUGUGCUACACACUGUUUUGUCAGAAAGGUAGUUUUGGAACCAAUCCAUUGCAUCAGCGCUUUUAAACCAACCUUUUUUUAGUCUAUACAACAGCAAGGCAUAGUCAAGUGUCGAAGGCCUUUGAUAAGUCAAUAAAAUGUGAAAAACAGUGA